AAGGCGUUCGUUUAACAGCAACAACAACGAGCAGACUCAGAUCUAAUCUAAGGAAAUAUAUUUUUUAAAAGCAAAUAUGGACAAAAUGGAAACUUCUAUGUGGCUUAUUAUCUUCUAUAACUACUAAUCAUUUUCCAUUAUCAAGACUUCUAAAUCAGCAUGCUUGUCUCUGUGAUUAUCACUUGAAGCUUGUAAGUUGUAACUGUGAAGACAGACAUGCAGCACAACAGCAGCAGUACUUCCUCACUGUCUGGUUUGGGACUCUGUGGGCUCGGAGCAGAGGAAGGUGAAGACCUGUGGAACAGGAGCACGGGGAUUCAACGCAACCUCUCUCUCCGCUGCUGGCUCCAGCUGUUGUCCAAAGAAGCCAUGCCAGAGCUGCACGGUGACACCUCGAGUGUGGCUCUGCGCGUAGUCAUCGCUCUCGUCUACUUGGUGGUGUGUGCUCUCGGGCUGGUGGGCAACAUUUUGGCGCUGUAUCUGCUCAAAUCUCGGCACCGGCUCAAGCAAUCAUCUAUAAACUGUUUCGUCAUGAGCUUGGCUAUAACAGACCUGCAAUUUGUACUGACUCUUCCCUUCUGGGCCGUGGACACGGCCAUGGACUUUCGCUGGCCGUUUGGAAAGGUCAUGUGCAAGAUCAUCAGCUCAGUCACCACUAUGAACAUGUAUGCCAGCGUCUUCUUCCUGACUGCUAUGAGUGUGGCCCGUUACUGCUCCCUGGCCUCGUCUUUGCGCAUGCACAGCCCCAAGAUGGCAUUGGCUGAGGUGAAAUGGGCAAGCAUGGUCAUCUGGCUCGUGUCUCUGCUGGCAACGCUCCCUCAUGCUGUCUAUUCGACCACAGCACAUGUGUCAGAUGAUGAACUUUGCCUUGUACGCUUCUCAGAUGUGGGAAACUGGGAUCCACAGCUUUUGCUGGGUCUCUAUCAGACACAAAAAGUGCUCCUGGGUUUUGUCAUUCCAUUGAUUAUUAUUUGUGUAUGCUACCUGCUUCUGCUGCGCUUUGUGUUGCAAAGAAAAGUUAGCGGGAUCCCCGGCUCGGACAGUGAACGGUGUAGGCACAAGCGCCGUUCCAAAGUCACCAGGUCCGUCACCAUUGUGGUCCUGUCAUUCUUCCUGUGCUGGCUGCCCAACCAGGCGCUUACACUUUGGGGUGUCCUAAUCAAAUUCGACUUGGUGCCAUUUAGCAAGGCCUUCUAUAAUGCCCAGGCCUACGCUUUCCCCAUUACUGUAUGUCUCGCACAUACCAACAGCUGUCUUAAUCCAGUGCUUUACUGCCUCAUCCGCCAGGAGUAUCGUGCAAGUCUCAAGAAACUGCUGCUGAGAGCCUCACCAUCCUUACGCAACCUGACCAAUAUGCUGCGCAGGAAUAAAAAGGUCGCCCAUGCUCCACCUGGCUUGGCUGUUGUAGAGAUGGAUGCUGGGCUGUGA